AAAAUCGAUUUCCUCAAGAACGUAGUAGGUUCUAUAUAUACACUUAGAACUAACAGAUAAAUAACUCCUUCCUUUCUUCUUUCCGGUUUGGUAGUCGAAACGUUAUGUAUUCUUCAGAUGUAUAUUGUCUGUUUUCAGAAAUGACAGCCUUUUUUAAUAUUAGGUCGGUAUAUUGUUAUGCAUAAAAUGCAACAGUACAUAGUUAACGAUAUAAUGCAGCUCGAUUCGAUGACACGUCAUUCAAAAAACUGCACAGCCCAUACAGUAUAUACUUAUUAUGAGCGGAAAAAUGAUGCACACAGGUCAGGUUUUGGCACGCAGGAAAUCCGUUUAGGAAAAGAUUCAGUGAAAGCUCUUGAUUGUUGCUCUCUUUGUCUACAACCAGCAAAGGAUCCUGUCAUUACAAAUGAUGGAUUCCUCUAUGAUCGAGCAGUAGUUCUGGAGUACAUUGUUUCUCAAAAAGCUGAAAUUCAACGAAAACUUAAGUUGUAUGAAAAACAGAAAGCUCGUCUAGAUGCUGAGACAAAAAUGAUUCUCAAGGCUGAAAAAGAGGAAGAAGCCCGACGAUUUCUAUCAAUGAAUACUUUAGAUACCCACUCAAAAGCCUCUGCACAAGCUGCUGAAGCAGAAGCUUUGGCCUCAUUGUCCAAUAAACGCAAUGGUUUGAAUGAAACAACUUCAUGUUUUUGGGCUUCUGGUUGCAAAUCAAAUGAGAAACUGAACAAAGAACUCUUAGAUAAACCUGAUACAGUUGUUCGCUGUCCAAUGAGUGGCAAACCAUUAAGGUAUAAAGAUUUAGUAGGUGUUAAAUUCACUACGUUUGAAGAUGACUCUAAGGUGAUGGGUUUUGGUCAAGAUAAACCAGUCGAUCGUGAAGUCAAGUAUUGUUGUGCCGUUUCCAAGGAUCCACUUACCAAUGCUACAGUUUGUGUUGUUCUUAAAACUUCUGGAGCAGUAGUUACUAAAGAAGUUGUAGAUACUGUAAUAAAAAAAGAAAUGAUUGAUCCUAUUAAUGGUAAAAAAAUGAAAUCAUCUGAUUUUAUUGAACUUCAAAGAGGAUCUCUUGGAUUUGCUGAUGAACGAACAUUAUUGACUGCUAAACGUUGGUCUACAGUAUUACAAUUUAUUGGAUGUUUGAAAUUACCAAUAUAUCAUAUUAAUUCGGAACAAAUCAGAAUUUUAAAGACUCCACAUGAUUUCUUUCAUGGUUUAUUGGAUCAUAUAGAGAAUGCAAAUAAACGAAUUAUUUUAUCAACAUUGUAUAUUGGAACAGGUCCAUUAGAAAAUGAAUUAGUUAGUGCACUGACAAAAGCUGUUCGUGAAAGAAAUGUAAAACUUACUAUUCUAAUGGAUGCAACACGUGGUCAACGUCCUUGUCUGACAACUAAUUAUUAUACUGCAAAUGCAAAUAAAUUAUCAUCUACUACAAAUCUAUUGGAACAUCCAAUUCCAUAUUCUUCAUGUCAUUUUUUAGCUCCACUAACUGCUUUACCUAAUGUAUCAAUCCUAUUGUAUAGGCAUCCAUCUCCAAACAGAUGGAUUCGUUACAUAUUACCGAAUCGUUGGAAUGAAAUAUUCGGUGUACAACAUAUUAAAGCGUAUAUAUUUGAUGAUUCAGUUAUUAUGAGUGGGGCAAAUUUAAGUCAUGAAUAUUUUACCAAUCGACAAGAUCGUAUAUGGAUAUUUAAAAAUUUUCCAAAUUUAGCCAAUUUUUAUUCUGAUUUAAUUCAUAAUGUUAUUAGUAAAUUUUGUUAUACACUAUGCUCAAAUGGUAGUUUAAUAGCUAAUCAUUAUGAUAUUGUUUCAGCUAGUUCAUCUUCAUUUCGACAACAAUUUCAUGAUGCAUUAUCUACAUUUCUAAUCAAUAAAUAUCAAGAUAGUAUCAAUCAUUAUAAAUUGAAUCCAAUAAAUAAAUCAAUAAAUGAUACUUAUAUAAUUCCAUUAUUACAAUAUGGUUAUUGUAAUAUUCAAUAUGAGAAAAAAUUUAUGCAAUCAUUAUUUCAAUAUGUUACGUCAUCAUCAUCAUCAUCUUCUUCGUCGUCGUCAUCAUCGUCAUCGUCGUCGUUAUCUGAUCCAAUUCAUCCUGAAUCUUUCAAAUUAUUCUUAGCAUCAGGUUAUUUUAAUUUAACAAAAUUAUAUGAGAAAUUAUUUUUUAACAUGUUAAAUUCAACAAUAAAUACACCUAUUCAUUUAUUAUGUGCUUCACCAAUGGCUAAUGGAUUUCUCAAAUCGAAAGGUGUUUCCGGUUAUAUACCAUUAGCUUAUAGAGAAGCACUUAUACAAUUGCUUCAAUUAUUUCAUACUACUAAAUUCAAUUCUAGUAAUAUCAAUGUUUAUGAAUAUACUAGACCAGAAUGGACAUUUCAUGCUAAAGGUUUAUGGAUUGAAAGUGUCGAUAAUGAUGAUAAUAAGAAUACUGAUGAUGAUCAUCAUCAUCUUUCAUACAGUUUAUCUCUAGUUGGUUCAUCGAAUUUCAGUUAUCGUUCUUUAAAUCGUGAUUUAGAAAGUCAAUUAUGUAUUAUUACAACGAAUAGUAAUUUAUGUCAAUCUAUUUAUCAUGAAAGAUGUCAUAUUUUCUCAUCGAUUUAUUGUUCUCCUGUCACUUUAAAUCAAUUAAUUUAUCAAACAGAAUAUCGUUUACCUGUAUAUAUGAGAUUUAUACUACCAAUAUUUCGUUGGUAUAUGUAA